CAAAAUAGGAAAGCUCUCUGGCUCUUCAAGAUGUCGACAUAUGAUGUGCAAAGCUUUGCCUUUCAGAGUAUAUCACCGGUUAAAGGUGUUGUCUCUGGUGUCUCGUUUGACCGAGUCAACGUUCACCUGGAUCAGGUGCAAGCAGGCAGGGAAGAGACAAGUGGUCCGUACCACGUCGAGGCUUGCGGAUCACUAUGGGAUCUUCAAGGAACUGUUCCCCAUGGCCUACUUUGUCCCCCGGGGUCACACUGCGCGUCAGCUACGACCAAGACAGCUCAGCACAAGUACAUUAUGGGAAUCACUUGAUGCCCAAAGAGAUGAGCAUCUGCUGGAUAGUGAAGGGGAGUGUGUGCACUGGCUGGUUGGGAACAUCCCAGGUGGGGCUGUGACGGCAGGAGAGGACCUGUCAAUAUCUGGCCCCGAUCCCUGCCAAGGCUACUGGCUUUAACCGCUUUGUCUACAUCAUGUUCAGACAGGAAGGAACCAUCAACUUCCAUGAAGACAUCUGACCAUCACCACAGUGACUAACAGGACAUACAAGUAUCAUUUGUGCUCCAUGACCACCAUCCAUCCAUCUGUUCAUUUCACACUAACACGCUUCCCCCCUCUCUGCUCCUCGAGUGCAUCUCUGUCACAGCGGAUAUUUAAGACUGUAGAUUUCUACAGGAAGCACCAGGACCGCAUGACUCCAGCAGGCCUCUCUCUCUUCCAGGGUUGGAGAGUCAUGCUGUACAGGAUGGUAAGAAGUCACAGGAUUGCUGUAGGGGUGGAGAUCUUUGGAUUAGGCAUCAAGGGGGUUGAGGUCAAGGGAGAAACAAUGGUUUUACACGAUCACGUCGUCUUCCUGUUGAACCAUAAAAUAUGUAAGGAUUGGAAGGACUGGAGAAGUUCCCACAUUGGUGUAUAUAUACAUUUGUGAUGGUGGAAACAUCUUUUGUCUGAAUGCAGCUGUAUCGACCCUCUAGGCAGAAUAAACAUGGUUAAGCUUU